AAAGAUUUGACAUCGUUCGCUACGUUGAGCCGUCACUCGAGUCAUCGCAAGUUCCGGCCGUAACCUUUCUUUUGGUACUGCGUGCCUCACAAGGCAGGUUGCAAAGUGUUGUAUAGAGGCAUAAGAUGACUAAGGGUACGUCCAGCUUUGGUAAGCGGCACAACAAAACCCACACGUUGUGCCGCCGCUGUGGUCGCUCGUCGUACCACAUCCAGAAGCAUACAUGCUCUCGUUGUGGCUAUCCAGCAGCCAAGAUCCGAUCAUAUAACUGGUCGGAGAAAGCGAAGCGAAGGAGGACUACCGGUACCGGCCGCAUGCGCUACCUGAAGGUGGUACGUCGCCGUUUCCGCAACGGAUUCCGCGAGGGACAGGUGGCGAAGCCGCGCAAGGCAUAAUAAUUAUAA